AUGGGCUUCCGUCUGAAGAAGCCCGAUGAUGCCGUGGGUUCUGCUACCCCGGCCAUCUUGAUCGGAUUGUUCGUGGCAUUCGGUGGUGUCCUCUUCGGAUAUGACACAGGUACCAUCAGCGGUAUCCUCGCCAUGAAGUACUGGCGACAGACAUUCUCAACCGGCUAUAUCAACCAGGUUGAUCACUUGCCCGACGUCACAUCCUCAGAAUCCUCCAUGAUUGUCUCUCUCCUGUCCGCAGGUACCUUCUUCGGUGCCCUCGGCGCCGCCCCUAUUGCCGAUCACUUUGGUCGUCGCCUGGGUAUGAUUCUGGAUUGCUUCGUGUUCGUCUUCGGAGUCAUCCUGCAAACCGCUGCUACCUCCAUUCCCCUCUUCGUGGCCGGCCGCUUCUUCGCCGGUCUCGGUGUUGGUCUCCUCUCGGCCACUAUCCCCCUCUACCAAUCCGAGACAGCCCCUAAAUGGAUCCGUGGUACCAUUGUCGGUGCUUACCAGCUCGCCAUCACACUCGGCUUGCUGCUCGCUGCCAUCGUCAACAAUUCCACCAAGGACCGCAAUGACACCGGCAGCUACCGCAUCCCCAUCGCUAUCCAGUUUGCUUGGGCUAUCAUUCUCGUCGUCGGCAUGAUCCUUCUUCCUGAAACCCCCCGUUUCCUGAUCAAGAAGGACCGCUACGAAGACGCCACUAAGGCCCUUGCCCGUCUCCGUCGCAUUGACGUCAACGAUCCCGACCUCGUCGCCGAACUCGCUGAGAUCCAGGCCAACCACGAGUUCGAGGUGAGCCUCGGAACGGCUUCCUACCUCGAGAUCCUCAAGGGUUCUCUCGGCAAGCGUCUGGCAACCGGCUGCGCCGUCCAGGGUCUCCAACAACUCGCUGGAUGCAACUUCAUCUUCUACUACGGCACAACCUUCUUCCAAAACUCCGGAAUCCAAAACUCCUUCGUCAUCACCCUGAUCACCAACAUCAUCAACGUCGUCUCCACAUUCCCCGGCCUCUACAUGGUCGAGAAAUGGGGUCGUCGCCCACUUCUCCUCUUCGGUGCCAUCGGCAUGUGCGUUUCCCAGCUCAUCGUCGCAAUCGUCGGCACAGCCGUCGACUCCGACGUCUCAAACAAAGUCCUCAUCGCCUUCGUCUGCAUCUACAUCUUCUUCUUCGCCAGUACCUGGGGCCCCGUCGCCUGGGUCGUCACCGGAGAACUCUUCCCCCUCAAGGCCCGUGCCAAGUGUCUCUCCAUCACCGUCGCCACAAACUGGCUGCUCAACUGGGCGAUCGCCUAUGCCACGCCGUACCUGGUAAACAGCGGACCUGGAAAUGCCAACCUCAAGAGCAAGGUGUUCUUCAUCUGGGGUGGAUGCUGUGCUAUCUGCGCUAUCUUUGUUUACACUUGUAUCUAUGAGACCAAGGGUCUUUCGCUUGAGCAGGUUGAUGAGCUCUAUGCUAAGGUUCCUCGUGCUUGGAACUCGGUUGGUUGGGUGCCUUCGGUUAAUUAUACUGAUGUGCGCGAUGUUGCGGCUAAGAAGUCCGGUGAUCUGGCCCAGCUUGAGAUUGAUGCUGGCGAGAAGAGGGCUGAGGGUGCUAUGCAUCUUGAGAGUGUUGGUGCUAAGGCUGAUGUCUGA